AUGACUAUGAUAUAUUACAGGUACACAACAACAAGUGGUGAAAGAAAGAAGUUAAAAUGGAGUUAUCUUCACGGAAACGACAAUGAACAGCUAUUAGGUAUAACAAUCGGCAAGGCUUUACAGAAUACAGUAGAAAGAAUUCCUGACCAGGAAGCUUGUGUUUUCUAUGAGGCUGGAAUCAGAAAAACUAACGCCCAAUUCCUGGAAGAGGUUGAUCAGUUUGCUGCCGGUUUAUUAUCACUAGGGUUAAAACGAGGAGAUCGAGUUGGUAUUUGGGGACCCAACUCGUAUGAAUGGCUGAUUGUACAAUAUGCUACAGCUAGACUUGGUAUUAUAUUGGUCAAUAUUAACCCCCAGUAUAAACAACAUGAAUUAGAAUAUGCUCUUAAGAAGGUUGAAUGUAAAGCGUUAAUAUCAGCUACAGGAUAUCUAAAUAUAGAUUAUUAUGAUUUAUUGUUUGAGAUUUUACCAGAACUGGCUACAGACCAACCUAACAACAUUCACAGUCAUUUGUUACCAGAGUUCAGAACGCUGAUUAUGAUGGGAGACAAACAAUACAGUGGUGCCUUGAAGUUUCAAGAUAUAUUAGACAAUGGUAGUAGUAAAGAUAGACGGACUAUUUUAGAUCUUCAAGAUAAACUACAGUUUGAUGAUCCAAUCAAUAUUCAGUUUACAUCAGGUACAACCGGCUCGCCAAAAGGAGUGACACUGUCCCAUCAUAAUAUAGUAAAUAAUUGUUACACUGUAGGGGUGAGAUUAGACUAUCAUCGGCGGGAAACACGUGUCUGUGUGCCAGUACCACUGUAUCAUUGUUUUGGGAUGGUAAUUGGAAGUUUACAGCUAGCUCUACACGGUUCUUGUGUUGUUUUCCCAGCUAUAGGAUUCAAACCGGAACUUACGCUAAAAACAGUCCAGGACGAGAAGUGUACAUCUCUUUAUGGAGUUCCUACUAUGUUUAUUGAUAUGUUGAAUCAUCCCAACUUCUCUCAAUAUGAUCUCUCAUCACUCUACACUGGAGUCAUGGCUGGUUCACCCUGUCCUGUAGAGGUCAUGAAGGAGGUAUGUUAUGGUUUAACAGAAACCAGUCCAGUUACGUUCAGUAGUUUUAGAAACAGUCCAGUAGCUAAACGAGUAUCAACAGUAGGACUUCCUGGUAGCCAUGUAGAGGCUAAGGUAGUAGAUACUGACGGUAAUAUAGUACCGGUAGGACAGCCAGGAGAGUUAUGUUCUCGAGGUUAUACCACUAUGUUAGGCUACUGGAAUGAUCAUGAUAAAACCGACGAGGUUAUUUCAAAAUCAAACUGGUUCCAUACAGGAGAUAUAGCAGAGAUUGAUGAAGAUGGAUAUUGUAAAAUUGUAGGAAGAAUUAAAGAUAUGAUAAUUCGAGGAGGAGAGAAUGUUUACCCUACAGAAAUAGAACAGAUACUUUAUCAACAUCCCGCUGUUAAAGAUGUCCAGGUUGUUGGUAUACCUGAUAACAGACUAGGAGAAGAAAUCUGUGCCUGUAUAGAAUUAAAAUCUAACGUUAAAACUUCUCCAGAAGAUAUCAAACAAUACUGUAGUGACAAGCUAGCUAGAUAUAAAGUCCCACGCUAUGUUGAGUUUGUUAAAAGUUUUCCUCUAACUGUGACAGGAAAAGUGAUGAAAUAUCAACUACGAGAUGAUAUGAUUAAAAAAUUAAAACUGGAUAGUAUUCAUCAUCAUUCAUAGGAUAGUUUCUAUAUACCAGUUAUAUUCUAGUUAACACCAUGUUUACAUUAUCAUAAUAAACAACGUUAAUAGAAGAACUAAAUAUACAAUAUUAGCUAUGUGAACUCUCUGAAAGGGAUACUGAGUUGACAAACCUAAAUACCAAAUAAACAUUUUAAGCUAUGUGGACUCUCUGAAAUGAACGACGAUUGGAUAAACCCAGUUGAAGAGUGGCCCCAGGUGUUCGGAUGGCCUUGUUCUGCCUAGCUAGUAACACCCACCACAGUGUUUAUUAUACUAAAGUCUUUUGAGUUUGGUUCAAGAAUAUUAAACUAAUUCAAAA